UGUACUGCUGAGCUAAAUCCCCAGCCCUCCGCAAGCAAAGAUUUUAAAAUGAUUGUAAACUAUUUUUGCAGGUACCUUUUAGUAAGCCUAGUGCAGUCAGAAAAACACACCUCUUCCGGCCAGUGCACAGCAUUUGGCUUGUAAUGUUGGGUUAUAAUGCCUUCCUCUCCCCCUCCUGCACGGUCGAGAAGCACCGUUCUCUUAGCAGCAGCACCGUCGUAGCUGGUGGCUCCUCAGAUCCCUCCCUGAGGGGCUCUGGCAAGGCUGAGCGCCACCCUCAGCGAGCUGGAGAGGCUGCUUGUUGUCAGGUUGGAAUUACGUAGAAUUUCUGUUCUGGUGGGUUCUGGUAGUAGUUCGGCUUUUGUUACUGCAACCACUUUAGAGGUUUUUGUUCAAAGGAUUGUAACUUGGUUCUAAGUGCUUUGUAGCCCCUUCUUGAGCGUCCUGUCCUUGAGUGCAGGGAAGGACUUAGGUGGCCUCCGAGUCCACAGCUGAGGGCAGGGAGGUCUGUCAGGGAAGUGGUGUGCAGCUGCCCACCGAGGAGGGUGUGGAGCCUCCCGAUGCAGUUCUGUUUCUGUGGUGCUCGGGGGAGCGAGAGUCCAGGGUCUCACUGUACAGCAGAGGGAGCUCCAGCCGCAGCGGGAUGCAGUUUUGUUUGUGCUGGUGAACUUUAUAGUGUGAUUAAGGGAUUCCUUAUUACAGCCGUGAGGUGCAGACGGUAAUUCGAUGGCAGGCACAGCCGUGUAGAGCUUUGAUGAACACUCACGUUAGUGUUAGCAUCAGAUCAGUUAGCCUGGGCACUGGGGUCAGAGACGUUCACCUGCCUUUCUCCCUGUGCUGGUUCUUACUUACCAGGUGUUUUCCAGCCUAACCCUGGGGACACUUUAUUUCCUAACAGGAUUGUUUGUUCUGGGGUUUUUUUUGAGACAAGAUCUCACUGAGUAGUAGUGGGUAUCAUUGAUUUGAGGCCCUUUCUACUAAAAAAAUGACUUACUGGUGAUGACAAAUAGUUGUGAAUCCAGGCUCGCCUCCAACUUGCAGUGAUCCUCCUGCCUCAGCCUCCUCCCCAGUGCUUGGGAAUACAGGUGUGUGCCCCUGCGCCCAGCUGCUCAGAAGAUGGUUUUAGUUAUGGACGAAAGUUUUAGAGGAACUGAGGUGUGGUAAAAAGCAACAGGGCAGGAAUUGUGCUGCACCGUGGUCAGCGGUCAAGCCUUGGAGUUCAGUCCUAAGGUUUGUGCUGGCUCAAGGCCCCCCUGAGCUCUGCGUGGCGGUGCAUUGCUGUUAUCCUAGCACUUUCAGGGGAAGGCUGUCUGUCCAUAGAAAAACAAGGGUUCCUGAAAGUUUUACAAAUUCUUUUUCUUGUACUGGGGAUUGAACCCAAGGCCUUGCACAUGCCGGGCAGUUUUAAAGUUGAGCCCUGACAUGGGGUUACUUUGCUUUUGCCAGGUAAGGAUGCUAAAUCAUGUAUUAGCUCUCAGCUGUGUGCCAUUGUUUGUAGUAGAAAGGACCUCCAGGCAUGCGCCUUGUUAGGAAUUGCUGAAAUGAGCGCGGAUCCUCCUGGGUGUGUGCAGAGGCCGUCGCCUGCCUCUGUGUCUCAUGGAGCUACUUGCCACUGUUGUCAGGGGGUAGUAACUACUUUUCUGGAAUAUGUGCCGUGAUUCUUAGGUUGAAGUAUUGCCAGGACAUCCACACUCAGUAAAUAUUAGCUGGAUGAGUAAAUGACUCCUCAGAACCCUAAAUGACCUGCCCUGUGUACACAUACUUAACACGUUGGUCCACAGGGCCGUUGAGUGUUCUCUGGAGUGCAUAGAUCAGUCCCCAGAAUCUUGAAGUUGGGGAACGCCAAGAGCCAUUGCAGAGCUUCCCCGAGGACAGUGGGCAGAUGCAGAGAAAUGAGGUGCGAGGCCAGGCCGGCAGCUUGCAGGCUGUGAUCCCGUCUGACCAGAAGCCAGGUCUCUCGCGCGGCCGUCCCUGCCUGUGUUCAUUGGCCGCUGUGUGUCCCACCAAGGAGAGGCGCAGAUUGAGAAGGAGAGGCGCAGAUUGAGAUGCAGCGGCGCAGGCUCCUUGCUCCGCCCCAGGGUUUAAUCUGGAGUCUGAGUGGAGAAGCAUGAUGCUGAAACUGUUCUCACUGAAGACCGAAGAUCACGAGGAGGGAGUAGCUUUCCCUCGGAUUGUGAAGAAGGGGAUGGGGACUGGGGCUUUUAGCUCAGUGGUACAGCACCUGCCUAGCAAGCAUGAGGUCCUGAGUUCGGUUUCUGGUACCGGAAGGAAAAAAAAAAAAAAAAAAGGGGAGACUCCUGAGGCCACACAGGCCCUGGCUGGGCUGGGAGGAAGUGGAGGGAAGCAGGGUGUUCUCGCUGGUGUUCACAUCCGUGUCCUGGGAGCGAUUUGCAUGUCUUCUGGUUUUCUUGGGUGGAAUUAACUGACUCCAGCUUUUUUUUUGACACAGUGUCUCACUGUGUAGUUGAGGCUGAUUUGGAAUCACUUCGUAGCCUGGACUGGCCUUCAACUCACUGUGAUCCUCCUGCCUCAGCCUCCCGCGUGCUGAGAUUACAGGCAUGCCCCAUCAUGCCCGGCUGAUUCCAGUUUUGUCAUAGUUGGGACGUUUUGAGAAGCUGUUCACUGCAUGCAGUAAAAAUGAAAGGUAUUGGCUCUGGAGGCUAAUUCUUCAUGUCAGACUCGCAGAGAUACAUGAAGUAAUCCCUUUCUACCCGGCCAACACGUAGUGUGAAAGGUGGACUUCAGAACACUCCAGGGUCCUUCUGGUGAGAUGCUAAGCCGUGUUGGAACGACUGUGCUGAGAGCUGUACGAUAAAGGUGCACAUGCGCAGAGUUUUGGAAACCCCUUGUCUCCACAUUGCUGGAACUGACUGACUUUGUUCAAUUGAACCGCACACUCAGUGGAGACAGAGAGAACUAAUGCUGUGUGCUGAUUGAUAUUUGGAUCACGGCAUCGGGCAGUCUGUGCCUCAUCUGUGGAAAGAACCAGUGACAGUCGCCCAUCCAUCCCUGUGUGUCCCAAGAGCUUCUGACGACAAGCAGUUAGAGGAAUGUACACUUUCUUUUGAACGUCAUAAUAAUAUCUGCUCUGGUUCCAAAGCCUGGGGCUGCUGGAGGUGUGAGUGACAAGUCUCACAAGUGGCCUUAUUCCAACCCCAGAAGUUCCCCAGCGGGCCGCGGCGUCUCCUGUGUGCGCGGCCCCACAGCGGCAGGAAACAUGCCCACGCAGUCCCUGCUCGUGUACAUGGACGGCCCGGAAGUGAUCGGCGGCUCCCUGGGCGCCCAGGUGGAAGCGGAUGAUGCCUUGUCCAUCAAAGGAGCUGCCGCCAUUCCUUUCAGAGCUUCGCAGGAAAAGAACAUACUCCAUCUGGAAGGAUACAUGCCCUUGGAUUGCAUGUUUUGCAGCCAGACCUUCACUCUGGCCGAAGACCUUAACAAACAUGUCUUACUGCAGCACCGGCCUACCCUCUGUGAGCCCGCAGUCCUGCGGGUCGAAGCAGAGUACCUCAGUCCACUUGACAAGUGUCAAGUGCGAGCGGAGCCGCCCAAGGACACGAGCUGCAAAGAAAGCGAGGAGUUCAGCUGUGAGGUCUGUGGGCAGACGUUCAGAGUCGCUUUCGACGUGGAGGUCCACAUGAAGAAACACAAAGACUCUUUCACGUAUGGGUGCAGCAUGUGCGGGAGGAGGUUCAAGGAGCCGUGGUUCCUCAAGAACCACAUGCGCACGCACAACGGCAAGGCGGGCUCCAAGAGCAGCAAGCUGCACCAGGGCCUCGAGGGCCCCGCCACCAUCAACGAGGUGGUCCAGGCGCACUCGGCCGGGAGCGUCUCUUCUCCGUACAAGAUCUGCAUGGUUUGCGGCUUCCUGUUUCCAAAUAAAGAGAGUCUGCUGGAGCACAGCAAGGUGCACGCCAGAGAGGCUGCUUCCGCCAGCCGCGGCCCGCAGAGCGGCGCCAGGCCGGAGGGCUCCCCCGCUCCCCGGGAGGAGCUGCUGCAGUUCUUAAACCUAAGACCCAGGGCUCACGCUGAGCCCGGCAGGACGCCCGCCAAGUGCGUACCUCAGCUCGAUCCCUUCACCACCUACCAGGCGUGGCAGCUGGCCACCAAGGGGAAAGUGGCCAUCGCCCAGGAGGAGGUCAAGGAGUGCGGGCAGGAAGGGAGCACGGACAAUGACGACUCGUGCUCGGAGAAGGAGGAACUCGGGGAAAUUUGGAACGGGAGCAAGUCGGAAGGUUCUGGAAAGUCCAGAACAAAUAAAAGCAGCUAUACAGGCCUCUCACAAGACAAAGAGAAGCCCAGACACGCCAGCGGCGAAGUGCCUUCGGGGGAGGCGGACCCCAAGUUGCCUGGCAGCAAGGAGAAGCCCACGCACUGCGCGGAGUGCAGCAAGGCCUUCCGGACCUAUCACCAGCUCGUGCUGCACUCGCGCGUGCACAAGAAGGACCGGCGCGCCGGCGCGGAUUCUCCCCCCGCAGCCGCGGACGGCAGGCAGCCGGGCACGUGCUCCCCGGACCCGGCCGCCAUGCUGGACGACGGUGCGGCCAGGGACCGAGAGGGCGGCUCUGAGGACGGCUCUGAGGACGGGCUCCCCGAGGGGCUCCACUUGGAUAAAAAUGAUGAUGGAGGAAAACUAAAGCAUCUUACAUCCUCAAGAGAGUGUAGUUAUUGUGGGAAGUUUUUCCGUUCAAAUUAUUACCUCAAUAUUCAUCUCAGAACGCAUACAGGGGAGAAGCCGUACAAAUGUGAAUUCUGUGACUACGCCGCGGCCCAGAAGACGUCCCUGCGGUAUCACCUGGAGAGACACCACAAGGACAAGCAGGCGGACGCCGCGGCCGACGGCAGGGCCGAGGGGAAGGGCCGGGACAGCGAGGACGCGCCCUUCGCCGCCGACAGUGCGCAGCCCAGAACUCUGAAGCGAGCGUUCGACGGUGCCAAAGAUGUGAAAGGCGGCCCCGCCGCCAAGCUGCCGAGGGAGGCGCCCCCCGCCUGCCAGGGCGCCC